CCACAAUAAUAAGUUUGACACUGUAUGAAAUUCUAACUAGAUUUAGUUCGUACGGUACUUUUCUUCGCUGCUUGGUCUGUCGUGCGUGCAACAACUUCGCCAUUUUUUGGCAUGUUACUAGUGUGGUUUUGGAUGUCUAUUCUAUGUUUUGGCUGCGGUGAGAUCGGAACAUACUGCUGUUUCCCCGAGCGCUACGGACAUGACGGAGAACAGUUCUUCGACGAUGCUCAGCAAGAGUUGGUGGCCCAUCUACCCAAUGUUGUCAUCGAUGCUGCCAGGGGGCUGAAACAUCUACCCGCCGUCCAGAAGCUCAAUGGAGUUCUCAUGUUCCUGGACAUCUCUGGUUUCACAGCAUUGUGUGAGCAGUUCUCUCUGCAGAACCACGGAGUUGAUGAACUGACUAAGACCCUCAAUGAUUACCUGGGCCGCAUUGAGGACUUGGUGCUGAAGGCAGGAGGAGAUGUCGUCGAAUUUGCUGGGGAUGCCAUGCUUGUUCUGUGGGAGGCGCCGUCGGUCGAGUCUCGCGUGACAGCCGUAGUCAAAGCCAUUGUGUGCUCCAGGAAGGUCAUGAAGACAUGCAACAACUGGGACACUGAAGUCGGGGUGAAGCUGGGAGUUAAGAUUGGUUUAUCAGCAGGUGAAGUUCUCUUAACCUACGUCGGCACCAAGUCCUUUCGUCUCUUCUCUUCCAGUGGUCAGGCAAUGCUUGAUGUCAAUGCUGCUGAGAAGUACUGCGAUAAAGGAACCAUCAUCUUGGCCCCAUCUGCCUGGGCACUCUGCCCGGAGCGCAAGGGGAUCAACGUGGAGAAACUGGAUGAAGGACAUGUCAGGGUCCUUAACAUCAGAAAGACGUGGGCAGAGUCCGAAUUGACCAAAGAAUCUACGCCUCAGGAACAGCAGAAGCCGAAGGCAAUGGAUGAGUUUCCAUCAUUUCGAAAGGUGAACAUGAAAAACGUUCACAAACAUGAUUUGCGUCCCUUCAUUGCCGCUCCAGUGCUGCACAAGUUGGAGGAGAACCAGCCAAUGGAAUACCUGUGUGAGAUGCGGGAUGUCACUGUAGUCUUCAUCAACCUGUCCCUGGACCAUGGUCAUGAUCACAGCCGCUCACUGCAGGGGGUCUUUGACAAGAUCUCAACAGCGGUCCUGCAGUUUCAAGGAGUCAUCAACAAGAUUUUUGAAUUUGACAAGGGUACCAGCUUCCUUGUUUUGUUCGGUUUGCCUGGGUUCAAGCAUGAGGACGAGGUUGGUCACGCCCUGCAAUGCUCCAGCCAGAUCAUAAUGACACUCAACGACAUGAUUGAAGUCAGACAAGUUUCCGUGGGAGUAACAACAGGUAAAGUUUUCUGCGGGGUCGUAGGUCACCCAGAGCGACAUGAAUACACAGUGAUUGGACCCAAGGUAAACAUGGCCGCCCGUUUGAUGAUGAAUUACCCUGGCAAGCUGUCCUGCGAUGAGGAGACGCGCCAUCGAUCCUUCCUGGGCACGGCUCACUUCCACGACCUUCCCGAGAUCACACUUAAAGGAAUGGACAACCCGGGACCCAUCUCGGAGUACAUUGAAGCGGAUGUGGGAAAAGAUCAUUCUAUUCCAGAGGCCAAGCAUGCGAUACUAGGGUACGUGGCCGAGUUUCUGGAAGCCCUGAAUACCUUGGACAAGGUGUGCGUGUCCAGUGACUACAGGCAUCCGUUGUUCCUAGUAGUCAAGGGUGAGCCUGGGGUGGGGAAGACACGAUUCCUGAGAUCUGUCAUUGACGCCGCUGUCAAGAACGACAUGAGGAUCCUGUGUCAUAGGCCAUCCAUCAGCAGCGCCGGCAACCCGUACACCACGGCCUGCUACGUGAUCGCUGAAUUGCUGGAGCUGGGGGGUAUCUCUAGCCCACAGGAGAGGGAGCAAGUGCUGGAGGACCGCUUUGAAGGAACGGAGCUGUUCAAUAGCCUGAGUCUGCUGAAUAACCUGCUGGGAAUCCAGCUGACUGCUCAUGAGUCAGUCUUUAACCUCUCCCCGGCCGAGCGCACCAGGGCUCUCCAACGUCUCCUAGGCCGCAUUGUCCAAGGCACCCAGCUGGACAGCUACUCGGGCACCCUGAUAGCCAUCGACGACGCCCAGUACGUUGACCGGGACUCCUGGGGCUACCUGCGCUACUUUGCCGGCUACUCCUGCCUCUUUGUGCUGGGCAUGGGAGCGCUGAGGAGGAGUGAGGGGGCGUUGGAGGGACCGCUCGUUCCGGAAGGGAUGGACAAGGUCUUGAACAGUCCAUUGUGCGUCCACGUCAAGCUGGAAGGUUUGGAGCCAGUCAACAUGGAAGCACUGCUAUGUCAGUUUCUGGAGGUGGCUAGUGUACCCAGGGAACUGACCAACUUGCUGGCAUCACGUCUGACAGGCCAGAUUAACCCGUCUUGGGUCAAGCAGUGUGUGACCAACCUGCUGCAUCAUCAGCUACUGGAGAUCAACACAGAGGGUCGACAACCACACUGUAAUGUGGCUGAGGGAGUUCGACUCAUUGAUCUAGAGAUACCUGCAUCACUCAAUGGUUGUAUGGUUUCCUUCAUUGAUCGUCUACCUGCCGCUGAGCGUACAGCUGUCAAGAUAGCUUCCAUUAUUGGUGCCUCCUUCAACAGUGCAGUGCUGAGUCAUCUUAUGCCCUUGACACCUACACACAAGGUUCUGGAGAGCAUUGGAGGCCUCACCUCAGCUGGGGUCUUCAUCUAUGAGAACGGGCAGCUCCGAUUCCAGUCGGUCACGCUACAGGAGACAGCCUAUGGACUCCUGGUGGAAAAACAACGGCGCAAGCUGCAUGAAAGAUAUGCCGUCUACCUUGAGCAACGUUUCCUGGGAUUUGCCAAGAAAAAAAAAAAGUCAUUCAGCCUAAGGAAAAAGAAGAGUCGAAUGGUUCAGGAGAGGAAACUAGGCGGUUCAGGGGAGAUGACCCUGCAAGUGAUCUACCCACAGCUCGUUACGCACUGGCGCAAGGCAGGGAACCAGACCAAGACUGUGGAAUACCUCAUCCAUGCAGCAGAGUCUGCCGUGUCUCUGGGAAGCACCAUGCAGGCAAUCUCAUUCAUCUACCAAGCCAAAGGCAUGCUGCCAACCCAAGACCAGGUUGUACAUCUUGAUGCCUUGGCUGCACAGGCUACUACUAGUCUGUUCCUGACCAGAGAGAAACGGAAGCACAUAUCAGUCAACAAACAGCGCUGGCAGUUGGCUGCAGCCAAAGCUCUCCGGGCUUCGCGAGAGGCCGCAUCAAAGGACGGCAUCAAGGCCAAACAGCCAUCCAAGCCUGUUGACCUCUACCACGCCAAGCCUGUCGUCGCCCCCAGAUUGCCAGCAGCCGUCAGUCAGGAGGCUCCAAUAGAGCAGGAGGAACUAAGACGGCGUGACUGGCCAGUGGUGGCCAUGACCGCUUCUGCUACCGUGCUGCUCUUUCUUACUCUGUACUACACUCUGGUUAUUAUGUAAAUCACUGGUCAUUAUCGUCAGUAGAAAUCCUUCAUGAUUCUUUAAAAUCAGCAGAAUCCCCUCAAAGUCCCCAAUCACCAGAAAUUUUCAUCAUUACUGAAAGGUCUGACACAUACUAGCGCAAUACACGUAGCGGUCAGUGGUGACUUCCGUUGAACAUGUUAAAAGUUGAAUGAAAUUCUUUAGUUGGUAGAACAGUCGAGCAUUUUUGUUAACAUUUACAUGUAGCAUGCCCCAAAGCUGAGAAAUAAUAGUAUUCCUGCCUACAUCUGAAAUCGAAUUAGUGCAAUAUUUUUAUAUAUUGCUGCAUCUUCAGAAACUUGUGCGCAAUGUGCGGGAUUGCCAAGCAGUAUUUUUUAACUUGAGGUAGCAAAGAUAUGAGAUUGUAUACGUGUAUACAAUAAAAAAUACAUCUAAAAGUUCAACAUUGCUUAUUUUACGAAGUAGCCAGAAGAGGCUGAAAUCAAUGAAAAAGAAGGGUCCUCUAAGUACAGUUUCCAUUUUAGACAUGCAAAUUAGAUAGCAUUGGCAGAAUAAUGUUCAAUUUUGUAUGACACAUCAGACAAACUCUGACGUUUGAAAUGGUUACCUCUCAGCCUACUGCCUGUAUAAAGUUUUUACUGUAUAUGGUUUGUAAAUUUCUCAAGUUACACUUAAAAAUCCUGAAUAAAAGCAAUUCUGAGUGGUCAGGAAUUCAUUUAGUUUAAAAAUUAGUUUAAACAUCAACAAUUAGAUAAUUAACACCAGAAUUUGACUUGAUCCUGGAGCCCUAUAAAUUGAAGAGAUAUGAAUACAUUAAAACGAUUUAUUACAUGCAAAUA